AUGGCCACCGGCUCGUUACCGCCCUUCGACCUGUCACUCAAGGGUAAAUACACGAGAAAGGUCGCGAACAACUCUGCCCUCCAUUGUGCAAAUCUUUUCGCAGAAAAUCUGUCAGGGGGAAACACAACUGGCGAGUCGAAAUUGGUUGUCAGACGAGUGUUCUCCGUACGAGGAUUUGCUUCUGUCGCGGAACAGGGAUUGAAGCUGGGGUGGCUUGCUGAAGUGACAGGUGGUCUGUUUGGCGGUGGGAAGACAAGUGAGAUGAUGACCUGGAUCGCAAGCAGAAAGGGACCAGCUGCAGUGCUGCGUCAGUGA